AUGGGCAAGAAGAAGAGAAAGCAACCCAAUGUCGAAGAGCUCCUGGCGCGGCCAUGGUGCUACUACUGCGAAAGAGAUUUCGAAGAUCUCAAGCUCUUGAUCUCCCAUCAAAAGGCCAAGCAUUUCAAGUGCGACCGUUGCGGCAGGAGGCUGAACACAGCAGGAGGUCUUUCCGUCCACAUGAACCAAGUCCACAAAGAGUCCCUGUCGCUCGUAGAGAAUGCCUUGCCCAACAGGCAAGGUCUCGAGGUCGAGAUCUUCGGUAUGGAAGGUAUCCCCGAAGACGUAGUCCAGCAGCAUAACCAGCGCCUCAUCCAAAACUUCUACCAAGCACAGGCCGACCGCUUCGCUGCGACUGGAAACCCUCCUCCCGGCCAGGGUGCGCAGGGACCUGCGAAGAAGAUCAAGAUCGAGACCCCAGAGGAGAUCAAGAAGAGGCUAGCCGAUCACCGCGCCAGAGUCGCUGCCCACAAGGCCGCCGGCGGUGUCGGCAAUCCCGCACCUCCAACUGCUUUGCCAGAUGGCCAAAGUCCCGGCCAGAACAACUCGCCUUUCCCCCCACCGGGCGGCCAGUACCCUCCAGGUUUCCCGCCCCAAGGAGUCCCUGGCUUCUCUCCACCACCCCAAUACCCACAAGGAGGCUUCAACUACCCUCCUGGCAACCUUCCCUCAAGACCAGGCAGCAACCUUCCUGCUCCACCGGGCCUGCCACCCCGGCCGGGACAGCCUGGAUAUGGAAGCACCGUGGACGAUCUGGUAUCAGGCGCCGCCAGGCAGGGCGAUGAUAUUGAUCAGUUAAUCAGAAUGGCUGAACUUGGCCAGCUACCACCCAAGAAGACAGAUUCAGCCACGCCAACGGUACCUGAGCCGGCCCCAGCAGAGGAGAAGAAAGCAAAGAAGAAGGACAACGUGAAGAUGAUUUACGAUGAUGAAAUCAGUCCCGAGGAACGACUCGCGCUCAUGCCAAAAUAUGCUUAUGUACCCGCAGCUGCAGCAUAG